AAGACCCCAAUAUGACAAAAGAAAAAGUCUUGAUACUUUUUAUUUUAUGCUUUUGUAGUACCAGGGAUCAAACCCAGAGUAGACAAGUGCUCUGCCUUUGAGUACAAUGCUGCCUCCUUCCUUAGAUAUUUUAAACAGCAGUUAUACAUUUAAUCUGUUUUCUUGCAUAGGUACUUGCACGUUGUCAGUUCAAACUCAAACUGGGAUUGCAGUUUGGGAGGCACAGGUUCUGCUAGAUCUGAAUCACCUUUCCAAAGAAGAUAGGGAAGGAGGAGUUCCAGAGGGGGCAGGAGCAGGAUGUGAGUAGAAUCAUCCAGGCCCUAAAUGAGUGCCUUGCUGCCCUUCCCCAGCAUCAGCUCCAGAGAGUUGGGGCCAUUGGAGUAUCUGGACAGAUGCAUGGUGUAGUGUUUUGGAAGACAGGCCAAGGCUGUGAAUGGAUAGAAGGAGGGCCUGCCCCUGUGUUUGAGCCCAGAGCUGUGAGCCAGCUGGUCACCUGGCAGGAUGGCCGAUGCAGCAGUGAGUUCCUGGCUUCUCUGCCCCAGCCGGGGUCCCAUCUCAGUGUGGCCACGGGAUUUGGCUGUGCAACCAUCUUCUGGCUUUUGAAAAAUAGACAGCAUUGGAAUGUUUUUGGUCUGAAAAACAGCCCAGAGUUCCUGAAGUCCUAUGAUGUGGCUGGCACCAUUCAGGACUAUGUGGUUACUAUGCUGUGUGGCUUGCCAAGACCUGUGAUGUCUGACCAAAAUGCUGCCAGCUGGGGAUAUUUCAACACCCAGAGCCAAAGCUGGAACUUGGAAGUACUGAGAGCCUCUGGUUUUCCCCUCCACCUGCUCCCAGACAUUGCUGAGCCAGGGAGUACAGCUGGCAGCACUUCCCAUAUGUGGUUUGAAAUCCCCAAAGGGACACAGGUGGGCGUGGCCAUGGGUGAUUUACAGGCCUCCGUCUAUUCCUGCAUGGGCCAAAAGACAGAUGCAGUUCUCAACAUCAGCACCUCGGUCCAGCUGGCAGCCUCCAUGCCUUCUGGAUUCCAGCCAGCACAGACUCCGGACCCUACAGCUCCAGUUGCCUACUUCCCAUACUUUGAGAACACUUACCUGGGAGUGGCAGCAUCACUCAAUGGGGGCAAUGUGCUGGCCACAUUUGUUCAUAUGCUUGUGCAAUGGAUGGCUGAUCUAGGCUUGGAGGUGGAAGAAUCUUCUGUGUAUUCGCGCAUGAUCCAGGCAGCUGCACAGCAGAGAGAUACCUGCCUAACCAUAACUCCAACUGUGUUGGGGGAGCGGCACCUGCCGGACCAGUUGGCCUCUGUGACUAGAAUCUCCUCCUCUGACCUCUCUUUGGGACAUGUGACUCGGGCCCUGUGCAGAGGCAUUGUUCAGAACCUUCACUCCAUGCUUCCCUUCCAGCAGCUUAAGGAGUGGGGUGUGAAGCGAGUACUGGGGAGUGGUAGUGCACUGUCCCGAAACGAGGUGCUGAAACAGGAGGUACAGCGCGCUUUCUCACUGCCCGUGUCCUUUGGGCAGGAUGUGGAUGCUGCGGUCGGGGCUGCUCUGGUCGUGCUCCGGAGAAACCUCAACCAGAAAGAAUCUUAGUCCCUACUCUUGGGCUAAGAACGGCCUAAUUAAUAUUCCUGAUGUAAGCAGCUUUUAAGAUAUACUUGAUCUCAGAGAACCAUCUUGAUCAAAAACUUACCUUAGGGG